GCGAUAAAUUCGGUAGCGAGACAAAGGAACUCCAGAUCUCGAUCUCGUCCAUCUUUGCUUCUCCAUUCUCAGAUCUCUCUCUCUUUCCCUACAAAGAAUACUACAAACCCUACGUUUUCGUUCACCCUCAAUGGAGAUCCGGAGAACUCCGGUGCUCCUUUCAUGGAUCUGUCUGCUGCUCGCCGUGUUCCUCAUUCCCGGCCACUGCUUUUACCUUCCUGGCGUCGCCCCUGCGGACUUCCAGAAGAAAGAUCCACUCCAGGUGAAAGUGAACAAGCUGACAUCGACGAAGACACAACUUCCUUAUUCGUAUUAUUCUCUCCCCUUUUGUCGGCCAGAUACUAUAGUUGAUAGUGCAGAAAAUCUUGGUGAAGUUCUUCGUGGUGACCGUAUUGAGAACUCACCCUAUGUGUUUGAGAUGAGAGAACCCAAGAUGUGUCAGAUUGUUUGCAAAUUAACACCCAAUGAAAAAGAUGCCAAGGACCUCAAGGAGAAGAUAGAGGAUGAAUAUCAUGUUAACAUGAUUCUUGACAAUCUACCUCUGGUUGUCCCUAUUAAAAGGCUGGAUCAAGAUUCUCCUACAUUUUAUCAACAUGGUUAUCAGAUUGGUGUUAAAAGCCCUCAUUCUGAAGGCAAGGAUGAAAAGUAUUAUAUCCACAAUCAUCUCAGCUUUCUUGUUAGGUAUCACAAGGAUGAGCAGAUGGAUGUUGCAAGGAUAGUGGGGUUUGAGGUCAAACCAUUCAGUGUUAAGCAUGAGGCUGAUGGUAAAUGGAAUGGUGACAAAACACGCUUGUCGACCUGUGACCCUCAUGCAAGACAAACUGUUAUGAGCAAUGAUAAUCCAUUAGAGGUUGAAGCAAACAAAGAUAUCAUAUUCACCUAUGAUGUGGAUUUUGUGGAGAGUGAUGUGAAGUGGGCUUCUCGCUGGGAUACCUAUCUUCUAAUGGCAGAUGAUCAAAUCCACUGGUUUUCUAUUGUGAACUCUCUGAUGAUUGUUCUCUUCCUAUCGGGCAUGGUGGCCAUGAUCAUGUUGCGAACUCUAUACAGAGACAUAUCCAAGUACAACCAGCUGGAAACUCAAGAGGAAGCCCAAGAGGAGACUGGAUGGAAACUUGUCCAUGGUGAUGUGUUCAGGCCCCCAACCAACUCAGAUUUACUUUGUGUUUAUGUUGGAACUGGUGUUCAGUUCUUUGGUAUGUUACUCGUCACAAUGAUGUUUGCUGUUCUUGGUUUCCUUUCUCCAUCCAAUCGAGGAGGCCUUAUGACUGCCAUGCUCCUACUGUGGGUCUUCAUGGGCUUGUUUGCCGGGUAUUCUUCUGCCAGGCUAUACAAGAUGUUCAAAGGUGCUGAAUGGAAACAGAUUGCUCUAAAGACAGCUUUCCUAUUCCCUGCUGUUGUGUUUGUCAUCUUCUUUGUUCUUAAUGCUCUCAUCUGGGGGGAGAAAUCUUCAGGUGCAGUACCCUUCACCACCAUGUUUGCUCUUGUAUUUCUCUGGUUUGGCAUUUCUGUACCUCUGGUGUUCGUCGGCAGCUACCUUGGUUUUAAGAAACCUGCAGUCGAGGAUCCCGUGAAGACAAAUAAGAUCCCAAGACAGAUACCUGAGCAAGCAUGGUACAUGAACCCAAUCUUCUCAAUGCUGAUUGGUGGCAUUCUUCCAUUUGGAGCUGUUUUCAUUGAGCUUUUUUUUAUCCUCACAUCAAUUUGGCUGAACCAGUUCUACUACAUAUUCGGCUUCCUCUUCCUGGUCUUCAUCAUCCUUAUAGUCACCUGUGCAGAAAUCACAAUAGUGCUAUGUUACUUCCAGUUAUGCAGUGAAGAUUAUCUCUGGUGGUGGAGGUCCUACUUGACAUCAGGUUCUUCGGCUCUGUAUCUCUUUCUCUACGCAACAUUCUACUUCUUCACAAAGUUGGAGAUCACAAAGCUAGUUUCUGGUGCUCUUUACUUUGGCUACAUGCUUAUCGCCGCCUAUAGUUUCUUCGUGUUGACGGGCACCAUUGGUUUCUAUGCAUGUUUCUGGUUCACAAGGCUUAUCUAUUCAUCAGUGAAGAUUGAUUGAUUCAUAGUUUGAGUUGCCUAAGUUUAAGUCAGAAUGUCUGUAUGAAGAAUUAUCAAUCUUUUCAACAGGUAGUCUUUUCUUAGUGUCAAGUGAUGAAGGAUUCAAGUGAAUUUGUUUACAUUUCCUUUUGGCUGUUGCUUAUCCCCAUCCAAAUCAUGUUCUUCACCCUUUUUGUUUUUUUUGUUUUUAAUAUUAAUAUUUCAAUGUUUCAGUGAAGGUUCAUACUA